AUUAUUAUUCUGAAAGGCCAUCAAGUCAAUGUCCCAGGCCACAAGCUCAGUCCUGCUGUCGCAAUAACCAAUCCUCUGCUUGUGGAAAGGUAUCGUCCAAUAACACUUCCACCCAAUUGGGAAAUUCGUCUACAAGAAACCACAAAACUUACAUGGAAAUGUCGCAGGCGCUAUCGGGAAAAACAUGUCUUAGUCAAACUGAAAUCGAUAGGGCGAUACAAACUGCUUCCCAGUCUAAAAGAUUUCAUGGAAAAUCUCCUGAAGAACGUCUUGCCGAACGAACCCAAGACGAUUUCGUCCAGUAUUUGGUCAAGGAUAGCUUCUGCCCAGGCACCAUACAGGAGAGCCUUAAUGGACAGGGGAACUUCAACGAGCAUGCUUUUGAGAUCUCCUUUGCCGGAGAGAUUCCCACAAAGCCGUAUCCUGUGGAUCCCAUCAGCAUGCUGGAGGCCAUAAAGAUGCGUAUCGACAUCGAACGGGAGGAGAUUCAAAAGGCCAAGCAAAAGGAGUGGGAACGAAAACACGGCCCCAGGGAGAAGACCAAAGACGGCAAACCCAAGCAAGUGGGUCCUUUGCAUCUCAAUGAUAUAGAUGACUAUUUCGAAACCCGAAAUCAUUCGGAAGUCAAUGACGGCGUGGCGGCGUUUCUAAGAGCCGAGGCUGAGUUUAAAGGAAUGAAUAAGGGAACGGAUUCUGGUUUUCAAGCGGAAGUCAAUACCUUGGAGACAAACCUCUUUGAUGACAAAAUAAAGGUGAAUCUCUAUAAUGCAACCACCCAUCCGUCAAACAAGUGAUCGAAUCAGAAGUGCUC